AUGAAUAACACUCCACUGAGCCAACUGGAGGAGAAUGCGAGUGGCCAGGUGGUGCCAUACAUGUGGGAGGAGCCAGAACAACUCAACCCGUUUUUCCAAGAAGAGUUUUAUGAGAAGACGGCUGACAUGGUGGUGUUCCUGCUCCUCAAGUGCCACUCUAAGCAGCUCACCACUAAGGCAGAAAUGGUGAACAUUGCCCUGAAUAACGACCAGGCAUUCUUUCCUAUGGUUUUCAGUAAGGCAUGUGAGUGCAUGCAGCUGGUCUUUGGUAUUGUGAUAAUCAAAGUAGAACCUCGAAUUCCCGCCUAUGCCCUAGCCACCAACCUGGGCCUCAGCCAUGACGGGAUUGUAGGGCCUGACUAUAGACUGCCCAAGACUGGUCUGCUGAUCACUGUGUUGGGCAUCAUUGUUCGGGAAGGCAACUGUGUGUCUGAGGAUGAAAUCUGGAGAGCACUGAGUAUGAUGGGGGUGUGUGUUGGGAUUGAGCACUUCAUCUAUGGGGAGCCCGGGGAUCUCCUCACCAAUGUGUGGGUGCAGGAGCAGUAUCUGGAGUACUGCCAGGUGCCUGGCAGUGACCCUCCCCAUUAUGUGUUUCUGUGGGGCCUCAGGGCCCAUGCAGAAACCAAUGAGGGGUAUGUAAUGGAGUUUUGGCUCAGGGCCACUAAUAGAUUUUAG